UCUCUACUUGUACUUGCUCUUAUACAUGUAUGCAUAUAGAUGCAGUGAAUAUCCAUGUUGUGUUUGCUUGUAAAUUUUGAUUUGAGUGAAAAUGGAGCCUUCAGAGCUUGUUUUUGGGAAUUCUUGUGUACAUUGUGGUUAUAAUUCUUGCUAGUUCUGGAUUGUGCGGGGAAUUCUUGAAAAUGUUUGUAGAUCAGUGACUAGAGUAGUGUGGUAAGAGUGGUGGAUCUUGAAAUUUUGCGUUUGUUGUGUUUGGAAUUUUCGGAAUUAGGGUUGAAGUGAAGAUUUGGAAAAUGUUGGAACAUAGAGUGAAGAAAUGAGCGAGGCGGAGGUUACGAUGACAAAGCAAAAGCCAACGCCUGUUGCUGUGCCGCUGGGGACUCUGAUUGGCCGCGAGCUGCGGAAUGAGAGUAAGGUGGAGAAACCUACUGUGAAGUAUGGACAAGCCGCUCUGGCUAAGAAAGGGGAGGACUAUUUUCUGAUUAAGCCUGAUUGUCAGAGGAUUUCAGGCAGUUCGACGACCUCAUUUUCAGUUUUUGCGAUCUUUGAUGGGCAUAAUGGUAUAUCAGCUGCUAUAUUUGCAAAAGAGAAUCUGCUGAACAAUGUUUUGAGUGCAAUUCCCCAAGGACUUGGUAGGGAAGAGUGGCUUCAAGCCCUUCCUAGAGCAUUAGUUGCUGGGUUUGUGAAAACAGAUAUAGAGUUUCAGCAGAAAGGUGAAACAUCAGGUACAACUGUAACAUUUGUUGUAAUUGAUGAAUGGACUGUGACUGUUGCAUCUGUUGGGGAUUCUCGAUGCAUACUGGACACACAAGGAGGGGUUGUUUCCCUGUUGACAGUCGACCAUAGGUUGGAAGAGAAUGAGGAAGAACGAGAGCGUGUCACUGCCAGUGGUGGUGAAGUUGGAAGGCUUAAUGUCUUUGGUGGUAAUGAGGUUGGUCCACUGCGUUGCUGGCCUGGUGGGUUGUGCCUUUCGAGGUCAAUAGGUGAUACAGAUGUUGGAGAGUUUAUUGUCCCUAUACCUCAUGUUAAGCAAGUGAAGCUUUCAAAUGCUGGUGGAAGGCUUAUAAUUGCCUCUGAUGGUAUAUGGGAUGCUUUAUCAUCUGAUUUGGCUGCCCAGUCUUGCCGAGGUUUACCUGCAGAACUUGCUGCGAGGCUGGUUGUUAAGGAGGCUCUUAGGUCACGGGGUUUGAAGGAUGAUACAACCUGCUUGGUUGUUGAUAUUAUUCCUUAUGACCGACCUGCCUUACCGCCAACGCCUAUAAAGAAACAAAGUUUGUUUAGUUCACUCAUAUUUGGGAGGAAAUCACAUAACUCCAGGUCCAAUAAGCUCUCUGCAGUUGGUGUUGUGGAGGAAUUGUUUGAAGAGGGAUCCGCAAUGCUUGCAGAACGACUGGGGAAGGAUUUUCCUCUCAACUCAAGCUCUGGUAUCUUCAGAUGUGCUGUAUGCCAAGCGGAUCAGCCGCCAAGCGAGGGCUUGUCUGUUAAUUCGGGUCCCUUCUUUUCGCCUGCAUCAAAGCCGUGGGAAGGUCCAUUCCUAUGCGCAACUUGUCGUAGGAAGAAAGAUGCAAUGGAAGGAAAAAGGCUGAGUAGACCAGCGGUUAUUGCAUAAGUUCAUUAACUUAGUGAUGCUGAUAUAUAUAUAUUUUUUUGCCUGGCGUGUAAACCAUGCUCGGUUCUCAGCUGUGUUAGUUACAUGCAAUAGAUUGUGUAAGAAAUGUAGUGAGUUUUUAGGCGUUUGGUGAGCCGUCAAAGCCUCUUUUUUUUUUUCCCCCUUCUUUUGUUGAUUUAUUUGUGUUCGACUGACCAAGAGCGGAAGCUGAUCUCUAUAUAUAUGAUUGCUAACAGCUUGAAUAUGUAAGUAAUGAAUGAAAAGGUGGGUGUGCAAAUAUUAUUAGUUACUAUAAGUUGUCUCUUUCAUUUUUGAA